ACAAGCGCACCUGUUUGUAAAUUUCUGAGACAAUGGAAAAUAUAAGCCAACUUAACCAACAUUUUUCAAUGUUGUGACGUAAAGAUCGCCUUUUUUAAAAGAGUAAUGAUAAAAUUUAAUAUGCGUCAAUCUCACCAAAACCGGCCCAGUAUAUAUUAAUAUUAAACAGUUUAGAUUUUCAUCAAUUUCUCCAAAAACCACUUAAUACUAAACAUCAAUAUUGUUUCCAGGUUUCCAAAAAUUGAAAAUUUUUCAAAACUUUCGUGAAUAAAUUUUCAAUUACCCAAACGAAGCAAAAUGGACAAAUCAGAUUACCGUCACAGAUGCUAACUGACCUUCUAGUCUCACCCGACCUAACCGGGCCCAAAAUCAAACCCAACCGACUGAACUACUAUUGUGCACGUGACAUCUUCCGACUGCAGCAUGUUUCACCCCCACCCACCUUCAGUACCCAGACCAGUAAGGGAGGAGAGUCGAACUGAGUCAUCAUUGGUCCCCCCUCGUCCUAAUCCCACCGUCCAAAAUCACCCCCCGAGCCAAAAUCACCUCGCCCCUUAUACGCCGCAAGCACCUACAAACACACCGCUUUCGUCAUCAACAAACCCAUUUUACCACCAAACAGACAUAGUAAAUAUAGAUUUACAGCCAUCUCCAAACCAGUUUCGUCCAGCUGCGAGUAGUAAUUCCUACCAAAACUGCAAUAACAAUUUCACAUCGAGGCCUGCAGAUCUACUACUGAACAACACUUUCGAGCACGACUCUAGAACGGGCGAUUCAUUUCAAAACAAUUAUCAAUCGACAACUGGGGGAGUGUUUUUUGCAUCGGCGCAAGACUUCGUGGCCCGGGAGAAAAUGGGUCCGAUUCUGGAUAAAAUGAGAGGCUCCCGGAAACUGCUAAUUUUUAUAGUGUUCAUCGCGCUUCUCCUUGACAACAUGCUGCUGACCAGUAUAGUACCCAUCAUCCCAGACUACCUGUACAAACUGGAACAUCCAAAUGGAAUGCCCGUCCCCCCUCCCUCCCCCGAGUAUGAGCCACAAGGGGGUAGCAAGAAUCACGCAGACGGGGCAGGACUACUAGCCGAGUUGAGCAACGAUACUUUCCCCGAAUACCCUUCCGAAAUAUUUCUCAAUUCUGAAAUGACAUUAGUACAAAAUGCUGACAACGAGCCACGCAGUCGCUUUAGCCAGCGAUUAAUGUCGAGAAGAAACAGCGACGAAGACGACAAAGAAAGCACGACUUCAAAAAACACAACGUUUUUGUCGCACUUAAAAAGAUCUAAAAGAGCCUCUUUUUCAUCAAGCUCUUCAACCCAGAAAUCUUCAUCUGAGAAAGGGCUGUCUGCUUCGAUUUUGUACGCCAGACAGUUGAAUAAGGAAAAUGUGAAAGUGGGGAUCAUGUUUGCUUCCAAAGCGGUGGUCCAGCUGAUUGCUAACCCAUUCAUAGGGGUGCUUACUAACUACAUUGGCUUCAGUAUUCCCAUGUUCGGAGGUUUCGUCAUCCUCAUACUCUCCACUGUCAUGUUUGCGUUCGGUGAGACCUACACUAUCCUGAUGGUGGCGAGAAGUCUACAGGGAAUCGGCUCCUCCUGUUCUUCGGUGGCAGGGAUGGGCAUGCUCGCCCAACACUUCCCAGACGACGAAGAGAGGGGUAAUGCAAUGGGCAUGGCAUUGGGCGGCAUCGCCAUGGGAGUACUCAUCGGACCUCCUUUCGGCGGUUUCAUGUACCAGUUUGUAGGGAAGCCAGCCCCCUUUCUAGUCCUGGCAGCAGUCGCACUUCUGGACGGAACCCUCCAGUUGAUAGUCCUGCGUCCAGGCAUGCAGAACGAGGCCCAACCCAAAGGAACCCCCCUGAAGACACUGCUGAGUGACCCCUACAUUCUGGUGGCUGCUGGGUCAAUCACUUUUGCAAACAUGGCAAUUGCUCUUUUGGAGCCGACUCUUCCGAUAUGGAUGAUGGAAAAUAUGAGUUCUGAAAAAUGGCAACUAGGUGCUGCGUUUCUUCCGGCAAGUGUUUCGUACUUAAUCAGUACAAACGUAGUGUCAUACUGGAACGCCAAAUUUGGAAGGUGGAUAUCGUCUCUGGUCGGAAUGGUCAUGGUUGGAAUCUGCAUGUUUCUGGUGCCCUAUCCGCACGGCGAAGGUAUUCUCACACUUCCCAUGAUGGGACUGGGCUUCGCCAUCGGUAUGGUGGAUGCUUCUAUGAUGCCGAUGAUGGGAUACCUCGUCGACCUCAGAUACGUGUCGGUGUAUGGGAGUGUGUAUGCCAUAGCUGACGUGGCCUUCUGCGUGGGCUAUGCUGUGGGACCCGCUCUCAGUGGAUACAUCGUGGAGGGCAUUGGGUUCCCCUGGUUGGUGCGUACGAUAGGUGUCAUUAACAUCUUGUUUGCACCCCUGUUGUAUUACUUGAAACAACCUCCGACCGGGUCAGAUGAAAUGAAGAGCAUUCUGAAGAAUGGGGACAUCCUCUGCUCCGACAAGGGCGAAGGGGGGUCCCUCGCUGGCAUCGGGGGCGGAGGAGCGAUGGCCAAUACUUCAUGGGGCAAAACGGGGGGCUAUCAGAGAAAUGACGGAUACCAGAAUUUGAACGAAGAUUAUUGACUAUGAAUAGCCUAGAAAUUGUUUAAAACGUUCCAAAAAAAUUGUAAACAAAAGCAUACAACUUUGUAAAACAGAUAGUAUAUGUAGCAAAAAAAAUAAGCCAUCAAACCAAAAUCUGUUCCAUUGACAAAUAACAAUUACAAUUACACCAUUGUAUUAGAAGAGAGAAUCGAAUCAUAUUGAAUAUUUUGGCAAAAGUAUGACUACUAAAAGCAGCAGUAGCAAAAAAAUUAACUCUUUGCCAAUCUCUAUUCUUAUUUGUAGCAAAAACUUUUGAAAAUUAUUUGAAGACAGUCUGUAAUCCCGUUAAUCUAAAAG